AUGCACCAAUAAGACCGAAGAAAUUUCAGACGAAACGAGCCCUCGGCUCGGUUGGUCGCCCUACGGAUCAGUCUGCAGAAUCCUCAGUCAUCAUCACCCUUCGGACAUCGUGAUAACUCUUCCGAGGGCCGUUCAACCGCUCUCCGAACUUCGAAUCGGGCACCGGGACGACCCUGAUAUCGUUUCCGUGCCUUUAUCUUGCUUCCCUCGGCAAUAUGUUAUUGCGUUGUGGUUUCCGGGUUCUGCUACCUGAGCCGCUAUGACUAUCGCCAGGAAGAUAAUCAGCCUUGUCGAAACUCCCGGAUCUGAAGGUUUUCGUGGACGACACCAAUGGAGUAAUGAAGAUCUUGAUCCUACAUCUGAGACAGAGAGGACCUGGCGGUGGUAUGAUUAUGUCUCCCUAUGGUGGGGUAGCUCCUUUAACGCGAACGGUUGGGCCUCUGGAUCCUCUCUUAUCUCACUUGGUUUGAGUUUUGAGCAUGCAAUAGGCGUAGCCGCCAUCGGUUCAGCGAUUAGUUCCACCGCGAUUGUCUUUGCCUCUCACCCCGGUUCAGUAUUUCACCUGGGGUACCCAGUCUACAUCCGGUCUUCAAUGGGCGUCUACGCCGGAUAUUUCUUCGUGGCCCUUCGCUCCCUCAUUGCCGCCAUCUAUUACGGGAUCCAAUCGUACUAUGCCGGUUGUCUACUUAGCAUCUGCUUUAGGUGCAUCUUCGGAUACAAGUGGACAACCAAGAUGAACCCGUUCCUCGAGUCGGCUAACAUCACGGUUCAAGCAUUUACGGCCUUUAUGAUUUACUACAUGAUUACGGUUCCUUUACUGUUCGUCCAUCCCCGCGCGAUUAAAUUGGCGUUUGAAAUCAAAGCUUUUGCCUUACCUCCUUGUGCCAUUGGACUCUGCGCCUGGUCAAUCUAUACCGCAGGUGGACUAUCGAAAUUUACUCUGGCAACAGAUACCCAAGUUUCCGGGGACUCGUGCGUAGUGUUUCUUCUCAUCUUAUUGAUCACAGACCGGUUGUUUCUGCUCCUCAGGGUGGGAUGGGCUUGGAUGCAGGGCAUUAAUGUAGUUAUGAGCGGAAUUUCCCCGAUGCUCAUUUCCCAACCGGAUCUCACACGGUAUGCGAGAGCCCCUUUCGAUGCAAGCUAUCCCCAGGCGAUAGCCGCCUUCUUUGUCAAAGUUUUAAUAUACUUCCUAUCUAUUGGUACUACCUCCGCGAUCCAAGCCUUAUACGGUGGUGAACCUACGUGGAAUCUGUGGGACCAGCUCGACUUGAUUCUUGACCAUAACUGGAACGCUAGCGCACGCACUCUGUGCUUCCUCGUGGCUAUAACUUUCGUUGGAGGCACUGCUCUCACUAACAUUAGCGCCAAUUCCAUUCCUUUCGGUGCCGACAUCACUGGGAUCUUUCCACGCUGGUUCAACAUCCGACGAGGGCAGGUUCUUUGCGCGAUUUUAGGUUUGGCGAUCACCCCAUGGAACUUCCUAACAAAUGCGGCCCAGUUCUUGACGUUCCUUGGAAGCUAUAAUAUCUUCAUGGGUUCUUUAAUGGGCGUCAUGUGGUGCGACUACUUUGUUGUUAGGAGGGAGAACUUUCAUGUUCCUUCCUUGUACACCUCAGACCGUUCCGCACCGUAUUGGUAUGGAUUCUUUGGUAUCAACUGGCGUGGGAUUUUUGCCUGGGUAUGCGGGGCCUUUAUUCCGUUCCCGGGAUUAAUUGGAAGCUACAACGAAAACUUGGUCAAUAUCAGUGUCAUCAGGAUGUUCAAUAACGGGUGGAUCAUCUCCGUGGCGAUUAGCAUGACAGUUUACUGGGCCGCUUCUAUUCUAUUCCCAGUACCCAUCUACCCUCCAGAUUACGCCCACAUUCCGGUCACGAGGGGUUAUCUGGGGAGACAAAAUCCCUCUGGAGUAUUCCCCGACGAAACGUGGACUCCGCCAUACGCCAGAGAAAUGUUAAACCGCCAGAUAGCUGAUGUCGAUAAGUUAUCGGAGGUCCAUAGAGACGACAGGGGUUUGGAGAAAAAUUGUGAGAUUGCGACGACCAAGGCUAUCCUCGACUACUCACGAGAAGAUGCGCCUGUGUAGAGAUACUGGUUCAUUGUAUGCUUCGUCGUAUUUUACACAUCCUUUGUUAUGUACUGCUUGCUAUCCUACAUAUGCGAAAACACGAAAACAAUUAUCUAGAGAUAUGACAAUAAAUAUUGUAAAC